AUGCCCCCGCACGCGUCCGACUGCGCGUCUCCACUGGCCACGACCGCAGACGACUUCCCUGCCAUUGACAGCGGUAGGGACAGUCUGCCUGCGUCGUCGUCCUCUCCACUAAGUGCGUCGAAAGGCUGGCAGCAAGACGUGCGCUCCGUGGGUGUGGUCUUGUCGAUAAGUACGGCGCUACUGGGCGUGACGCUGCACUCGCUGGUCGUGUCUGCGCUGUUGGAGUCCGAGUGGGAAGCGCUGCGUGUGCCCACGUCGCUAGAGGCGGCCCAGGAACUGGGGCUGACGCUGCAGAGCUUUGCCGAGCGCCAACGAGGAGCGCUCUUACUCGCGCACAUGGCCUCUUACCUCUACCUGCAGACGUUUGCAAUUCCCGGCACCAUCUUUCUGAACCUCCUGGCCGGCGCCCUCUUUGGCGUUGCGCUGGGCUUUCCGCUCUGCUUGGCGUACAAUACACUGGGCUCCGCGUUCAUGUUCGUGCUGUCGCGCCGCUUUGGUCACCGCGUCGUCAUGCGGUUCUUCCCGAACAAACUCGACGUGCUGCGUCGUAUGCUGGAGGCGCACCGGGACGACAUGGCGCUCUACAUGGUCUUCCUGCGCGUAUUUCCUUUCACGCCCAACUGGUUCAUCAACCUUGCGUCGCCUCACUUGGCGAUUCCACUGCGCCAGUUUAUGCUGGGCCCGCUACUGGGGCUCAUUCCGUACAACUUUCUGAGCUGCAAGGCGGGUCUUAUCUUGCGAGAGCUUCGAUCGCGUACCGAUAUUAUUGAUACCGCUACUACUGUGCAGCUUGUUGUGGUAGCAUUUGUGGGUGGUCUUGUGCUACCUCGGUUGAAGAGACGCUUUGCCACGGGCUCAGAUCCUGCACCCGCUUUCGCGCCGGUGAAACGCGAAUAG